AUGUGUUUAGUCGAUUACGAGUCUGAGCCCGCUGAUGACACCAACAACUUUCCUUCACCAGCCAUCAGUGCAACCAGUUUACCUUUGGUGUCGGGCUUAAUAGACACCACACAGCUUUCACCUUCAUCUGCAAAAUUGGACGAUGCCGACGGAAGCUUCCAAUUGGAAAGCUUACUACCCCAGAAAGACAAAAACCCUCCAAUCUCCCCCGAACAAAUCACCGAAAUUAAGAAUAAGAAGAUCAAGGCUAAAAAACCGGAUAGAUUUUUGCCCAACUGUGACUCAGCUGAAGUCCACAAUGACACGAUCAUUUGUAGGUCAACUAGACAUCAAGCGACCGAAGCAGUUCCACAGACGGGCGUUCGCAGGUCUAUACGCAUGCGCAACACCAAAAAAGUGUAUGUUCCAGGACUUGCGAGUACCUCAUUGGCUUCAUGA